GUUUCAAUCAGAUUUUUGAGCUCGUUGUGUAGGUAUUUAUAAAUAUCUACCUAUAUCUAAUUUUAUUAAUUACCUAUUUAAAGAUAUUAAGUUACCUAAAUGAAAAGAAAUCAAAAUUGGAGUAUAUGUCCAGACAUUCUGUCCAGACAGUUUUGCACAUUGUAUACAUAAAUAAUGCGACAUUGAGAACAUACCUACUUAGAUUUAAAAUAUGUGCCUACUUACUGAAUUGUAAUUUUUAUGAAUACCGUACGUCGGAGUUAUUUAUUUGAAUUUAAAAUAAUGUGAUUUGUUAACCAUGAGAUACAACAAGCAGGAGUUGGUUGCAUUAGCGUCACAGACAUCAAAUAAAUUUGAUCGCGAAGGCGUUCUUGUCUUGAAGGAAAAACAGGAUAGCUUUUUUCGCAGAUCCGAAGGUUGUUCUGUACGAUGGUUUCGGUUGCGAGGGAAUCUGCUUUUUUACUUAAAGGGACCAGAGCCAUGGUAUGAGCCUGUGGGAGUCAUAAUUUUGGGACACCAUCAAGUUAAAAUACAGCCACAGGAUGAAAAUGGUCAAUGGCCAUUCCAUAUUGGUUGGGAAAAUGGAAUAUCAUACAGAAUGGCUACAUUCCAUGAAAGUGAGCGUACUAUGUGGCUCAAAGCGAUACAAAUGGUUUCUUUCAAUACAAUAAAAGCACAGAUAGCAGAUCUGAAGGAAAGAUUAAACAAGAUUAGACCAGUUUUGGACAUAGCAAGCUAUAGGAUGCAAAAGGGAAUUGUUAUAGAUAUGAACGAAGUGCCAUUAUGUGAGCUGGCGCUGUCGUGUGACAACUUGUUGUGUGACACACACGGGCGUCCGCCCUCGCCACAUAUAGUCGUGUACAUCAAAUUCAAAGGACUGUGCGUGCGAUACGGGAACACAGAGAUAGUAGAGACAUGCAGUAACCCGUCGUUUUCGAAGACCAUAUUGUUCCGAGCCAGCGAUGGGCUGACUGGCGAUGUCCAUGUCAGGAUCGUAGUGUAUGACGUCAAAGAAAGGGUCUCUGAGACCUCUGUGCCUAUGGGGUUUACUGCAUUACAACUGAGCACUAUACAAGAAGCGCAAAGGUUACGAGUGGCCCUUCAAACAAGAGAGAAUCAGUCGAUCGGCUUUGUGACCAUAAAUGGAUGGAGUUUAGAACCUACCUACAUUGGCACUUCGCCGACACACACAAAUGACAAGAACAGUAUAGAUAUACCGCAGAAGGUGUUAUGCCAUCGUCGGUCGCAGUCGUUGCCUCCCCGACUAGGCCUCAAACUCAAGUUCCCCUCGUGUGGCAGUUUGUUGAAGCAAAACUUCGCAAACAGCCAACAAGUCACGUACAGAUUUCACUCAGGGUUAGGCGGGGAUAUAACUGUGCACGAGAUCAUGGCCGAACCGAAACUGUGCUAUGCCAUGCCGAUGCAGCUUUUGGAUAUCUAUAUCCAGCGAGAGAAGGAGCUUCUAGAAGAGCUCCUGUCAGUAGGCGAGAUGUGCAGCCAGUGGCAGUCGAGACAACUGGAGCUGGUCAGCGUGCACGUGUCUCUACUGAAGCACUACUGUCACUCCAAGCUGUGCAUGCAGCAGGUGGACAGUGCACACUUCAAACCUUCCAGCAGGAAAGAUGAAGCUAGUUUGGAAUUCGCGCCAAUAAAUCUUCACCUCCAACGCAUGUGGGUACACAACGACACCCUGAACAAGACUGGCUUCCAUGAUGUCAUCACUGUCGGCGCCUUCGCUGCUCACACGCACAAGGCAGAAAGGACUGGCGGCCUUAUUUCGUUAGUACAAAAGGUGAAAGAUGUGAACAGUGCCAAAGCGGAGUUGAAUUCAGUGACCAACAAGAUACAAGCGGAAUAUGAGAACGUGUUGGCUGUUAGGCGUCUGAGAGACGAAGUUAGCCAGGACCUCGACAAAGUCCUUAUGCUUUUGUUGGCGAAGCAAGCGGCCGCUGUCGCUCCUGUGGUCGAGGGAAUGAAAAGUAAAGUCAAAAGUUUACUCGCGUUGUUUGAACCGACCUCCAUUGAAGAAACGUUAUCGUUUAUUGGUUGGCCGGAAAAUAAUUACACGGACAAUAACGAAACACAGGCUAUGUCCACAAUAGUCCGCCUCACAGAACUAUAUUCCAUGUUCGAUACCAUGAGCUCAGACUGCGACACCUUCGACGCAUCUUCAAGCUCCAGCUCCAAAGAAACAUCGCCCACGGUCGACUUCCCAACCCUCUCGUCGAGCGUGCCCAACAUAUUCGCGAACAACUGCCAGCAGAACAACAACAAAGAGCUCAAAACUGAACUUCAUUUCUACAACAACUAUUUCAAGAGUGAGAAAAAAGAACGGAACAAUCUGAACCUGUCGUUCAGGUCCGUUCGUUCACCCGCGAAGUCGCGGUUGAACGACACGCAGAGUCUAUCGUUCGAUAGUAACAAAGUGAGACACGGGAGUUUGAGGGACGAUUUCAAAAGUUCCGCGUCGUUGGAGCUCGUGUCCUACAGGAGUCUGAUGAAAAGCAUUGGAGGCAAUGACAAGAAAAAGGGUUCCGACCGAAGGGACUCGUCCGGGUUUCCUCCAGGGCAGCUGGACCCAGCAGCGAGGGACAUGCACCUGUCCUAUCUGACAAACAUCAGCAGCAACGUGGAGGAAGCCCUGGCUGCAGUGGCCAAGGGCUCGGCGGAGGCCGUGGUAUGUCUUGACGAUAAAACUUCGCUGGGAGACAAGAUCGAGCAGCUGAAAGGCUACAUGGAGUCCCUUAAGUGGAGCAGCAACGAAGCAGCUCGUUGGCUGCGUAUAUCGCACGCGGCUCUGCGGUUACGUUGCGAAUCACCCAGCUGGGCUCAGGAGAAGGCGUUGCUUCAGACCAGGCGGGAUACGUGCUUCUCACAAGCGUUGGCGACAGUAACGACUGGGCUGCUCUGUUGGCUGUGCUCCGUGGCCAGUGACGUGGUGGUGAAGACGCUCAGCAGCGGGCUGGGGCCGUUGUGUGGGUUCGAGGGUUUGCUCAGCUUGCACGCCCGCGAGCGCGCGAUGUGGGGCGACAUGGUUGUCGCGGUCGAGGAUCUGCAGACUGUUGUCUUCACGCUCACCAAAGUUGGACACGGCAACAUGUCCGUACCUCAAGUGAGCGGCAGUCGAGGCGCGCUCACUGUACACAUACCGGUGUCAGAUUCCUUGUUCUCCAUGUUUACGUGUAAAGAGCACCUGUCGUUCACAAUAACGGCAGUGUUCUUCAACAUCGGCAUCAACGAGAAGGCAACACUGGCCGAGGCGCUCGGCGAGACAUUGCCGCAGUACCACUCCAACACAGAUAACAUGGACCGCCUCAGCAAGUACUACCAUAAGUAUUCUAAGAUCUUCCCCAUGGACCAUUCCAAUAGAGCUUCAUCACGAACAAAACCACUGGAAGAAGUUAUGGAAAAUUUGAGGAUAGCAGUACAUAAGAAAGUGCCAAAAAAUAUUGAAGUACUCCAAUUGGCGGCACUCGCUACUAGGCUUAUGAACGGUAUAAGGUUUACAUCGUGUAAGAGUGCCAAAGACAGGACAGGUAUGUCGGUCACCCUGGAGCAGAGUGCCAUCCUCGCGACUGAGUACCACCUCGCUGACCACGAGCUGCAGAAGGCGCUCGACAUCAUGCGCAGCGAGGGGUGUCGCCGCGAAAAUACAUACAAGAACAUCGGUAUAAGAAAGUAUGCGUUCGCGAAGAAGCAAGUCAUGGCACUGCCCCCCGAGUAUAGGCCUCCUGCGGGGACUUACGGCGCUUCCCCUACCUAAGACUGUAAGAAAAUCAUGGUACAGAUAAUAUUUUGCGGGUUUUUGAAUUUAUAAUACAGGUGUGUCAAUAUUAACGGGACCUAGCACUAACCUUUUUUAUUUAAACCCACGAACACACUAUAGAACAUUUGACGUGCCACUUGUCGCUCUAUCCCACUCAUUUCUAUUGUCUCGAGUGAGACACACUGUCGCUCUCACUCGUGUGAAUUGUAAUGAAAAGGAAAGAACGAUAUGUUGCGCGUCGUUAGUCGCGUCGAUAUAGUUGACAUUUCAACGCAUGUUGCAGCCAGACUGGCGAAUUUGCAUUGUAAAAUUGUGGUGGUGGGUGCAGUUUCGCAACAAUCACUCUACCCUACUAUUAAUAUUUUUUUUCGCCAUUUUUUUCCCACUUGAGUGAAGUCAACACAGUUAAUUAUCCUAUUAAUGUGACUUUAUGAAAACUAGUACGGUUCGCGCUAAGUCCCAUUAAUAUAUAUGUAGAUAUUUAUCAUAUGAGCCUUGGCUGUGUGAGUAACUGACCCGUUAUCAAGCACAACUGUGCUUAAAUUAAUUACUUAUAUGUUGUAAACAAAGCACACGCGAACAUAGCUAUUUGCAUCUUAAAAAUUAGCUUUUAAAAUUAUUUUUAAUCGUUAUAUGAGGUGUUUCAAAAUAGCUUCCACCAAAAGUACCUAAUAAUUGAUUAUUGUUUAAUUUUCUUAUUGUGACAAAAAAAAUAAUAAA